ACACCCGCACACACCCCCACCCCAGUGCAAGUCAAGAACAGAGUGCGAGACAAAGACAAAUCAGGCUGGAUCGAUCUACCUAAAGUAACCUCUUCCUUUGUACAGGCAGAACUCAAGACACACGCAGAUCUAACAGCACUACUGGGAUUCUCUUUUAAACCAACAUGUCACAGUUCAGCACUCUCUCAGUGCGUGAGAGGAAGAAGCAGGCAGCUGCCCUUUGCCAUGAGGUCCAUGGUGGUGCCAACGGUUUUACUAUGGACCUGGGAAAGAAACUUUCCACUCCAAAAGACAUCAUGCUGGAGGAACUGUCUCUCUUGUCAAACCGAGGGUCACGUCUUUUUAAGAUGCGACAGCGGAGAUCAGAGAAAUACACAUUUGAAAGCAUUCAGAAUGAAGCCAAUGCCAUGUUUAAUAAUGAAAAUCAAGCCAAUGCAGAAAACUCUCAACAACUUGCAUCAAAAACGCCCCCAAACACACCAGAUCCCAGAAAUCCAGCAAACCCUCAGGACAUUGCACCAGGAUAUGGAGGUCCACUGACAAACAUUCCUCCAGAGAGGUUCAAUGCCACAGCUAUGCCAAAAUCCUACCACUCCCCCUGGGAAGAGGCCAUCAUCAAUGACCCCACGCUGGCCGACACACUUAAAGUUCACAUGCCAGUUCCUGAGCCUAAAACAGAGCUGCCUGACUACAAAAGCUUUAAUAGGGUGGCUACACCAUUUGGGGGUUUCGAAAAAGCCCCACGAGGGAUCACCUUUAAGCUUCCAGAGGUGGACUUGAAUGCUCCUCGGUACCCCGAGCUCCAGGAUCCUACAACCAAGCGACCCACUUUCAACAGGACUGCCCAGGGGUGGAUCUCCGAUGGCAUGCCUCUCAUUUUACCCACUGUCUCUCUGGAGCCUUUUGAGAUCCCUGAGUCUGACGAUCUGUAACACAGAUUCAAACCCUUCUUGUUACCCAAUCCCAAUGAGCCUGAUCGAGGUAUAGGGUGUGUGUAGAUGUCUAGUUUGUGUGUUAGUAUUCUUUGUAUUCUUUGAAGUGAAUUUUGAACUGCUGUUCUUGGGACAGCAAUUUCCACAUAUCAUUUUUGAAAGGGAUGCCUCAGAACUGAAGAUUAUUUAACAAAACACGUGAGGCAGCAUUUAUAAUCGUCAUCAGAAUUAAACAUUUCUGUUGGGUUGAAAUCCACAUAGCACAUUAUACUACAUGUGCUAUAAUGUGUUUAGUUAUAUCACCUAUCAUUACAAUUCUAGGUAACCACAAACUCUGAAAAAUACAGUGUGGACUACCAUCAAAACACAGAAAUGUAUUUUUAUUUAUUGAUGAAGGCUCAAUGCAUUUUUGCCUUUUGUACAAUUUGCAAAACAAUACGCAUAUAAAAGUAUAAGAAUAUACAUUAUACAAUAAGUACAUUUAUUGAUACAUCCAGGAUGUUACAGUGAUUUUCACUAACAUUAUGCAUGAUUAUACUGUGAAACAUUACCAGUUUUCUAAGACUGCGUUCACAUUUAUGUAAUAUAUUUAGUACAGCAUCAAAUCAAUUUUAGCCUACUUUUUUUGUGGUGAAAUAUUUUGCACUCUAGAUACUAUGAAAUCUCACAAAGCUUUGUAGUAUAACAGUAAAAUCAAUCAUUUUAAAUCUGAAAUCACAAAUUGAUCAGGGAUAGAUCAAUGGCCAUGUAAAAAAAAAAAAAACACAGCCAUGUAAAUAUAAUGUGCUGAAUGCCUGAAAUCUUGUUUGUACUGUAAAAAAAAUACUAUUAAUAUAUAUUUCUGAAAAUUUGCUUUGUGAAAUGUAUUUCUGUGUUUUGGCUGAUGUUUAUCAUUAUAUUCACAGUGUUAGAACUUUUGCUUGUAGCUUCAAAAUAUAGUGUACACAAAUUGUCCACAUAAAAUGCAUAUUUAUUUCAAAUUUCUGUCAUUGGUGAUUUAUUAAAUUUGUAUCAUUUUGAUAUUUGGCCAAUAAUGCUAAUAAUGUUCUGAAUGGUGUUUUCACCACAUAUAUCUGCAUAGUAUAUCAUCAUCAUCCAGAACAGUCUCUGGAAGAAUCUGUCUCAGUUACCCUGAGGCAUAGCACACAGACAUAUCCUCUGACACGGCCUAUAUUUACAGGAGUCAUAAGUAGCCUUGAAUUUGACACUCUCUGUGCUACAGUUACAGUAAACACAAAGACUUCCAGACAGUCAGCAAAUGCUUCCUUCGAGCACUGCAAUAAAAUGUGCAUGGACCAACAUUAGCUAUUUUACAGUAGAAUACUUAAAGGCCAUUAAAUAAUAAAUAGCAUUAACUACCUACAUAUAUACCCACCGUAAACAACAAACAAAACUAAUAUUUAUUUAUUUUAAAGGUGAUGUUAUUACACGUUACCAGUACUUACAAUAGUAACAACAGUAAAUUAUGCACACUUAUAUGUAACUAACCAUAAACCAAACCCUAACCCCAUCCUUAGCCUUAUAGUAAAUACAUACAGUAGUUAAUUAAUAUUACUCAGUGCUUAUUUUCAUAAUUACACUAUAACAAUGUCAGCUUAACAUAAAGGGUAUCCCUAAUUUACUAUCCCAAGUGUUUAAAACCGAAUUUAUGCAUUAUUUUGUUGAUGUGAAAACUAAUUACCUUUCAAAUAAUAGCUCCAUCUAUAAACUUCAGUUCUGGUAUUUGCUAUUAGUGCACAAACACGGAUUACAGUGACUGAUACACUAUUUUAAAGCUGAUGAAAUGUUCUUGUGGUCUGUUCAGUCAGUUCGUGCCUGCAGCCUGGUUCCACCUUAUUAUUCACACAACAAUGAGCAGCAAAUGCUAAUUAUAGUCAGAAAUAUACAUCAUAUAGGUUCAUAUAACGUGAGACAGUAUAUUAAGCAUACUGUGCUGUCCUUCAGAAAAAAAGCAUAUGUUCAUAAAGUAUACUGAAUUUAUUUUCAAGGAUGUGAUUUUAGUGCCUUUCACUCAGAUCUGUAAAUGUUUACACGACCAUCAUGAUGCAAAACAAAAUAUAUCCCUGGACCACAAAACCAGUCUUAACUCGCACAGGU